UGACAAUUCGUCAAAUUUUUACAUAUUAUGCUCUUUAUAAUAGAAAGAUAAAAUUCUAAAUGCAGAUCACACCCGGAAGUUAACAACGACAACGUCAAUCGUUAAAGAAACUUUUUUUUCGUGUAGCGAAAAUACGUCAGUCAAACAAAUGGUGUGAACGUAAAAUCUAUCUUUCCCAUCUUUUCUGCUACAUAUUUACACAGUACCAUACGGCCACAUCCCGUGUGACCACAGAAAUGCCUUAUACAAUAAUUUACUGAAGUCUCCAUCGAUCGCGUCAUUGGGACGUCUUGUACACAAAUCAACUUGUCUAACAUGUUUUCGCGUAAAAUUCAUUGAACGUCCUUGUGAGGGGUAAACGUAAUUUGUCUCGGAGUGACCUGGAGCGUCGUCAUCAUGAAUUUCGAGGACAGCGCGAGUAGUGGCUAUGUCACGGCGGAGACGAUAUACGGGACACACGAGGAUUCACACGUCGUGAUGUCGGAGAAGGUCCAGACCCUGGCCGGAAGCAUAUACCAGGAGUUCGAGCGCAUGAUCGCGAGAUACGACGAGGAUGUGGUGAAAACGCUGAUGCCGUUGCUGGUGAACGUCCUGGAGUGUCUGGACUCGGCGUACCAGACCAAUCAGGAGCACGAGGUGGAGCUGGAGCUGCUGAGAGAGGACAACGAGCAGCUGGUGACGCAGUACGAGCGCGAGAAGGCGGCCAGGAAGCACUCUGAGCAGAAGUUGUUAGAAGCCGAGGACCACUACGAGGGCGAACGCAAAGAGCUAACCGGGCGACUGGAGGCGUUGGACAGCAUAGUGCGCAUGCUGGAGCUCAAGCACAAGAACUCGCUCGACCACGCCAGCAGGCUGGAGGAACGGGAGAAUGACCUCAAGAAGGAAUAUGCCAAACUGCACGAGCGCUACACCGAGCUGUUCAAGACGCACAUGGACUACAUGGAGCGGACCAAGUUACUGCUUAGCACCGCCAGCGAGCGCAGCGAGGUCCGCGGCCGGCUCGGCCUCAACCCCGUCGGCAGGUCCAGUGGUCCCAUAUCGUUCGGCUUCGCGUCGCUGGAAGGCUCCGUGCAUAUAGUGGAACAAACCGAGAGCAUCCCGGGAAGCCCCGUCAGCCUGUCGUCGUCACCACCGUCGCCGACCAUCGGCUCCGAGCUGGCCGCCGUGCGGACCGUCGAGAGGGCCCACCAGACCGACCCCGUCACGCAACAGAGCCAGGCGACGUCACCCGUUGCCCCGAACCAGUCGUCCGUCAGCAAAUCGCAGACCAAGAGCGAGAAGCGAAGCGGCAACACGCUGUAUCAAGAGCUGUCCUUCCACGACACAGAUGCGAGCAUCGCCGAGGGCGACGACGGUGCUGACAUAACGGGAAGCUGGGUGCACCCUGGCGAAUAUGCCUCCUCCGUUAACGACAACUACUUCGGAAUGGGCAAGGAAGUGGAGAACCUAAUCUUGGAGAACAACGAAUUGCUCGCUACAAAGAACGCCCUGAACGUAGUCAAGGACGAUCUCAUAGUGAAAGUGGACGAGCUGACCGGCGAACAGGAGAUCCUUAGGGAGGAAGUUUCGAACCUCAGCGCGGCGAGAGAGAAGCUCAGGGAGAGAGUCACGCAACUGGAGGAGGAGCUGAGACAUUUGAAGGAGACUGUCAGCAACAGUGCGGGCGGCGAAAAUGAGGACGAAGCCGACGUGCCCAUGUCGCAGCGAAGGCGGUUCACGCGCGUCGAGAUGGCCAGGGUGCUUAUGGAGAGGAACCAGUACAAGGAACGUUUCAUGGAGCUGCAGGACGCGGUCCGCUGGACGGAGAUGGUGCGCGCGAGCCGCGUGGACUCCACCAUGGACAAGAAGAACAAGCAGAGCAUAUGGAAGUUUUUUAGUAACCUCUUCAGCGGGACGGAGCGGCCCGCGCGGCCUCUGUCCACGCCGCACCUCCGUGCGGUCGCCGCGCCGCAGUCCGGCAUGCGGCACUCCCGUACCCAGGCCGACUUCCUCGAGACGCAGCUCACCGACCACCACCACCGGCGGCACGAGCGUAGCGAGCAGUUCCGCCAGGUACGGGCUCACGUGCGUAAAGAGGACGGCCGUACGCAGGCGUACGGUUGGAGCCUGCCGGGCAAGACGGGACAGGGCCAGAAGGGGCCAAGUCCGUGCGCGUCACUCUCCUCUGGCGGCGUUCCAGUGCCCGUACCGGUGUUCUGCAGGCCCAUAGCGGAAAGCGAGCCUCGAAUGACGCUACUGUGCGCUGCGGGAGUGAACCUCAGCGGCGGGCGUACCCCUGACGGUGGCUGCAUGGUUGGCGAAAGCGUGUUCUACGCCAAAGAGGACGACAAGGACAACACGCUGUGUCUUGCGGAAGAAAUGAGCAAAGCGUCGGUGCACUCGCCCGAAGUGGAGCAGAUCAACCGGCAGCUUCAGUCGACGCACAGCCUCGAGCACUCGGAGAAGAAUCUGUCCUCGUUCGUGUGGAUAUGCGCCAGCACGCAGAACAAGGGCGUUGUCAUGAUUAUCGAUGCCAACAACCCAGCGGAAGUUCUAGAAUCCUUCCCACUAGGAGACAAGCACAUACUGUGCGUGGCGUCCGUACCGGGCGCCGUCGCAGACGACUACACCGAGUACGAGGAGCGCAUGAGCGAGGGCGAGCACAAGCGGCAUUCGUCACUAUUCUGUGCCGGCAAGAGCGAGUCGCAGGACAGCCAGAGCAACGGGCCGGUCGGCGAGAACGGCGAGAAGGAGGUCGUCGUCGGUGCUACUAGAUUGGUGCAAGCAACACUCCUAACGCCUCCCACGACGCCUGUUGCCGAGCCCGAGCCGGCGCCGUCCGGACCGCCCAAAGAGUCCGCCGUCAAGAACGUUGAGGAGCCAGAUACUGGUGCGCCGGACAGCCCGCCGCUCAGCUCUACGCCGGUGCACAACGAACACCUAGGCUCCCCCGAGCCGGGCGUAGACGCGUUCGCCCAAGAGCAGUCUAACGCGGAGAGCCGCGCGGACGUACCCGACCGCAAGAUGUCCACCGUGAUGGCCACCAUGUGGCUAGGCACCAAGAGCGGCCACCUGUACGUGCACUCCGCCAUGGGCAACUACAGCAAGUGCCUCGCCAGGGUAAAACUAAACGACGCCAUCCUAUCCAUAGUAGCGUGCGCGUCUCGCUGCAUGGUCGCCCUAGCGGACGGCACAGUGGCGAUAUUUAUGCGACAAGCAGACGGACAAUGGGACUUCACGCAAUACUGGCUCAUGACGCUUGGUGACCCCAAGUGCUCAGUGCGCUGCCUAAGUGCAGUAGGGUGCACGGUGUGGUGCGGGUACCGCAACAAGGUGCACGUGAUCGACCCGCGUUCCCGGCAGGCGCUGCACUCGCUCGACGCGCACCCGCGCCAGGAGAGCCAGGUGCGGCAGAUGGCCGCGGACGGGGACGGCGUGUGGGUAUCAAUAAAAAUGGACUCGACUCUGCGCUUGUACCACGCUCAUACCUACCAACACCUGAAGGAUGUAGACAUCGAACCGUACGUUAGCAAAAUGCUGGGCACCGGCAAACUAGGUUUCUCUCUGGUCCGUAUCACGGCGCUCCUCAUCAGCUCGGGGCGUCUGUGGAUCGGCACCAGCAACGGCGUGGUCAUAUCCGUGCCGCUGUCGGAGGGCAGCCGCGAGCCUGCGCCGCCCGUCGGCCCCUUACCGGGUCACGCAUCUCUAGUACGAGCCCGCUCCACAUCCCCCACCGGCGCCAUCCCCUGGUGCUCCAUGGCGCACGCCCAGCUCUCGUUCCACGGGCACCGCGACGCCGUCACGUUCUUCGUGGCCGUGCCCGGCGCGGCGGAGUCCCCCACGCGCUCGCCCGACUCGCGCCGAGGACCGCCCAUGCUCGUCAUAUCGGGCGGGGAGGGCUACAUCGAUUUUAGAAUAGCCGACUCAGAAAUGGAGGACAGCGUGGUGGUGGCCGAGGACGGGUCCUCGAGCGGCCACAGCUCCCUGGCGGAGCGCGCCUCGAAGAGCCACCUCAUCGUGUGGCAGGUGGCCACCGCCUAACGCACGCCGCGCCGGCGGCUCGCGUCCGAUGACUUCGUCUACGUGUGCACCACCGCUAAACCGGCGACGCUCAUCAUGUGAAUAGGUACUGUCAACUGUUGCGCGCAUCUGACUUUUCGAUUGUACGUGUGUACAAGUUUGAAUCUUAGCCUGACGUAAUUAAAGGUGAAAUCGCAUUGAGACGUAGCGACACGCAGGUUGCAUUUGUAAUAAACUUAUGAAAAAGGUUUUAAAAAAUAGUCCUGCCGGUACGUUUUAUGCGUUUACUUCAAUUUCAAAAUGUAUGCAUUAGAGUAGGUACACUUGUUACAAAAUGAAACUGAGCUCCAAAUUUUGUUUGAGUAAGAAAUUACGCAAUGUUCGUAACAAGGACUGCGUCACGAACUUAGAUUUCGUGUUGAAGCUAGUGUACUGACUGUCGAAAAACGUCAGCUGUGAACGCUUAAGCCGAGUGUAUAUGGUCCAUUUAACAAUUUUUAAUGAGGAUCUAUUUUACAUCAUCGUUAGUUCAUUCGUCCAACUGCUUAGUAAGUGAUACCGAUUUUAAGAGUUCGUGUAGGUAGAAAUUUGUCACUACUUUAAAAAGGUGGAAUAGUUAUUUACAUAUGAGGUUGAUUUCCACUUUGGUUUUACUUAGACAAGUCUGAAAUACGAGUUAUUUAAAGUAGUAUAAAAUCCCAUUUAAUGGCACGAAGAACAUAGUUUGACUAGAAUUCGUUUUGUUUCUUAGUAAAGUACUGAUGGGAUGUAAGAUCUCUACCAAUUUUAUUUGGAACAUAUACACUGGUCUUACAAGGAGUAGUUCUUUUAUAUGGCUUUUGCUAACUAUAUGCAUUCGCCGUUAGAAAGAACGAGCUCAACGUUGAUUAUACCGAAGGUGGAUUUUUAGGGAAAGGUUCAGUAUUAUCUAAAUUAAUUAAACAUUUGGUCGCAUACAUCUAAAUUAGGAAUUUAUUUGAAUUUAGAUUGUUGGUCCAUCGAAAUCCAUUUUUCCUAUUCACAUUUUGCCGGUCUCAUAGGGAAAGUGCUGUAUAGAAACGUUGCAACAAUAUACUCGUGCCUGAAAAGUUAAAGUUCAAAGUUCAAAUUUGCCUUUAAGUGUGAUACCAAGCAUAUUUCCUUAUGAGACCCGCCGACUCACGUGUGUUAGGGCUUUAGCGCAUUAAACAAUGCCGAUCCAUAAUGAACCGUAUAUAGAGGUUGUUUAGGUCGACAUUGCAGCUGAAGCCCCUCGUCCUUCACGUUAGAAUAUUCGGAUAGAAGCAGUGCACGGCCAUGGACUCAUACGAGUGUAUCAAUGUGCUUAUUAUUUUGCUGUCUAUCUACUUAGCGCUUCGAUUUACGAUUUUGUAAUUGCUCAUAUCAAUGUACGCGUUCACGUUUACUUUGUAAGUGUUGUAUAUCGGUACCAGGGGCUGACGUUGCGAACAUCUCAUUGUAUUUGAAACGUUCGCAUUUGCCAUGCUACUUUAGUCAGUCUCAGUACAGAAAAAACUGACACGGUUAAGCUGACGCACACAAAGCAAACAUUUCAUACGACUCGCGACGUGCACAUUGGUACUUUUGUACUGGUAUACAACUCUUUGGCUGGCAACGCAGGGUACGUUUGCGCGGUUAGAUAUUUAACAAUAUACGUGAUACUACUACGUCACUAGUACAUGUUCAUCGCUCAAAACAAUAAAUUCAGUGAGUUUCUUCACUGUUUUACGAAUGUUAUAAUAUAUUGUAAUAAAUAUCUAAAGGCGCAUAGCGUGAUUAUGCAACAUUCUCAUAAAUAAGUAUCUCACAUCAAAACGCGUUGCACUAAUCAAUGCAAUAUUCGUAUAUAAAUAGUAAACAGGAAACCUUGUCCGCUGAUCCUGCCGCGUUUAGCUUAUCUGCUUUAUGUGCAUUCCAAAAUAUAUUCAAAACUAGUAAGUUCCAAUAACUUUUCUUAUUCACAUAAAUUAAUGGUAUAAACUAACCGCGGUAACGUUGACGUGAGGUAUAUUUUUGUGAGAGUCGUUACAUUCGAACGGACUCGCUAUCGACUAAGCAUAAUCUAAUCUCAUCUAGGAAUAAUGUACAAGAUAUAACCACCAAAUAAUUCAUUUUAGUAGUGUUAUAUAGAUAUUAGCAUAGAUAUUGGAGAUUUUUUAUAAUAAUAACUAAGUAUAUACAUUAUUAUGUAAGGACUGAAUGCUAACCAUACGGGCUGUGUUUAUGUCAUCUGCAUCACAAUAUUUUUAGGUGUUUUUACGUUGCGUGUGAUGAAAGGUGAUGUGGCGGUGUUAUACAUACUUACGACUCGUAGAUAGAUCGCUGUUAAGUUUUAUUUAUUUUGAGGAAUGUAUGGCGCGACUAGACUCAGAGGUACUAUUAUCAGAUCAAAAUCAAAUGCAUAAAAACCUUCAGUCAAUACACACUAAAGGCAAAGAAUAAAUAAAUGACAGCUACACGAGAUGGCGCUGUACGGCUUGUUGUCAAUAAUUUACGUUUGACAAUCCAGUGACUACAAAAUAUACUGCGCAAUACACCGUCAUCUGUCUCGAUUGUCAAAUGGUGGUGGUGGCUGAAUAGAGCAGUUAAAAUCGUUCUCGAAAAAAAUGCAAAAAUAUGACUUAUAAUAGUUAUAAUUCGGUCAGGGUCCUUAUCAUACACAGACAAGAGGUUACAGAUGUAGUGCAUAAUUGUUUUCCAUCUCAUUUCCUCGGAAACGUUCGUAUUUGUCAUGCUACUUCAGUCAACAUCGGUACUUUUUGUGCCGAGACUGACUGAAAUAGCAAGACACGUUCGUACGUUUCCGUGAAAAUACGAUGGAAAAUACUAUAAAGGAUGUUUUUCCUAGGUAUAUGAAAUAUUAGUCCUAGUAAUUGGGACCUCUGAGUGUAGUUUGAUUAUGCGAACUCUUUUGUUAGUGUAGACAUAUACGAGUUUGCUGUAUAGUCAUCUUGGGCAUUUCUCAGCGAUAUAAUUAAAAUUAUACUGGCGCUGAAAAUUGAUCCAAAUAUUAAUAUGUCAUACAAACCAAAAGCAAUAGUACAUAGACUUUUCUGUGUUCCCGUAGAUGAAUUGAUUUAAUGUAUAGAGACCAGACAGCAAUGAGUUCUAACAGAGGAUAUAUUCGUGCUGUCAAUAUAUCUCCCUAUUUUUCAUGGAGGCAUUUCCUAUAUGUCGAAAUGCAUUCUUUUGCAGACUCUGUGGUACUUUAAGACAGGAUAUUUCACUCUAUUAUGACUAUUCGCUUAUAGAGACAAAGUAUUUAUUAAACUCCAAGAUAGCGAUAUUUUUGACAAAUGAGCAUAGAUAAAAUCUUAUAAAAGCGGUUAAAUAUUGGACGAAUGUUAUCGUUGUUGCGGACGGCUUUAUAGUAUCUUGUCCAAUCUAUCAAAUUUAUUAUUAUAUGUAUUCCAUUAUAUAAAAUACUUAAGCUUGCUAAUGUGACAAAGUAUUAUAUUUAAAUACGUUUACCGUGAAUAAUAUUCUUGUUGGUAAUCUGUCUGCCCAGUGUAACAUAAUAUUUAAUAUUCAUUAACCUGCCAAACUGGAUGUUUAUUCGGUAGGUAUGUCUGUCUUCUAACCGCUAAGACUAGUUCUCGUAUUGUCCUGUAACAAAUUAUCUACUUUAAUCAGUUUCUUAGCCCACACUUUUUGUAUUUAGUUUGGGAUACAUCAAAUAUUUUACCGACGCAUUAGAACUUGAAUCAACUUAUAGACAUGCAUAUUCUAAUAGGAUGAUGAUGACGUACUUCUGUCGAAGCUUAUAAUAAAUUUGCUCUGAAUUAGUUACCUGUGGCAAAAAAUCCACAUUAUACCGGCUGGAUUUUUUAAACGAGGCAAUGAGGAAUGCUACCAGAUCCCUUGCUGAUUUGUUUAGUGUAUUAACCUAGGUUGGUCCCUAACAAGAUUUUGAUCAUGGAUAGAAUUAGAAACGUUUACAUAAAAAAAAAUUGUUACAAAAAAUGACAAUUUUGUGUUUGACUGUACUUUCUUCCAGAAUCUAUAAAUGCCAAUCGCUAUUAAUUAAAAACUUAGGGAAUAUCUAAAAUCAUUUUCGCAUAGCAAUACGGGAUCGGUAGCUGCUCUCAGUGCCCCAUUUGAGAAAUCCACCCUGUACACUGAGAAUAACUUCAAUAUUAUUAAUUUAUGAUAUUUUCUCUUAUGGUGCAACAAUAUUAUUAAGAAAAAGACUAGGUUAUUUGUUAUCUUUUUUUAACAACUACUUUGAUCUAUCAUCUAAUCAUGACCCGUUGUGUUUCGCCACCGAUGUCUUUAACACUGUAUAUUUCGUAAUUUUAUUUUCAGAUGUAUAUUUGAACACGUCAAAUUUGUUAAGUUAAUAUAUUAGAAUAAUUUAUUUAUAGUAGUCUUAUGGUUAGUUUUUUAAGUGUUACAGAGGGAGUUGGUUUUUUUGCGAAAUGUGUGAUGGUUUUCUAUUUCACGAAUAUUUCUGUGAAUCGAUUAAGAGUCAUUUUUAAAUUGUGUAGCUAUGUUUUAUUAAAUUUUGCAUUGAUAUAUAAAAAUCAAAAUUAAAUAUGUAGUACGUCCUGCUAUUAUUAAUUGACAAUGACGCUUUUGAGAAAUAUAAGCGUAUUGACAUGUUGUCAGACCUAGGUGAAUAGUGCUGCCAUCUAGUUCCCAGGAUAUGUUAUGACGUCUACUCGUACGUGCCACCUAGUGAGUGUCACUUUAGAAAACUUAAAACAUUUCCUUUAAAACCAAUUCCGGUUGUAAGUGCUAGUCAAAAUAAACAACUUAGUGAUGUUAGCUAGGCUUACGUUGUUUUGCUGAUUAUCAAAUGUCGAUACCUUUAUACAGCGAAAGCUGCCUUAUGUACUGGACGGUGUGAUUCGUCGAAGGUUCGUCGGGUAAAAUGUGUAUUUGAAACUAUUUGUGCGAACGUUUAAUACCUCUAAAUUUGGUGCACUUAUUUUUUACCCUUACUCAGUUAAUAGUGGACUUUGAAGAUUUCAGUGUGCAUCGCCAUUAAAAAAAUAUUAAAUUAUUUACACAUUUUAUCCUUAAAACGUUUCCUCUGGUUCCAUAUUUUGCUGUUAUAAUACUUAUAAUAGACAAACAAUCCGUCUUGUUUUUGAGUUCGAAUUUAACCCUUUACCAGGCCGAAAGUUCAAAAGAGUCAGUCUUACUGAUCGAAAAUAGAACACCUGUUUGAAGUGCCGUAUGUGGGAAAUAUAUAUCCCUUAGCCUGGUAAAGGGUUAAUACAACAACUUGACCAGUGAGCGUUAUUUAUAAUAGUUGUGAAAUAAAACGUGGAACCAGAAUGGCGUGAGCUCGCGACAAAUGUUAGACUUGUGCUGAGCGCUGUAACCGUCAGACAUCGUACAUUUUAUAGCAUUUUAUUCGGUGCAGCGGAGUGGUGUUAACAGAAUUGGUAUAAACAAUUUCAACCCUAAUGAUUAAUAGCGUUAAUUAUUAACCUUAAUUUACCAUUUCAGUUGGAAUUAUCUAUACCAAUUCCGUUAACACCACUCCGCUGCACCAAAAAUUAUAUAAAAUUUACGAUGUCUGGAAACUGUAUUGAUACAAUAACAGCCUUUUGUACAUAAGCCUUCUGUAGAUAACCGCAAUGUAUUUUAAAUUUUUGACUUACUAUUGUUUGUACUUAGUCUUAUAAUGAAUUACUUACCAUAUAAAGCUGUGUACACAUUUCUGAUAAUAAAUUUGUUUGUUUUAUUUAUGACCAAGUAUAAACUGUCUCAUAGAUUAUUCACUUCUCGGUUUGUGUUUAAGUCACCGCCAAAUAACUUGUGUGGAAAGCUUUAUAUAUUGUUAAAUUAUUUAUACUACUCCUUCAUUAUAUAAUUAAUUUUAUUUCUUUUAGUGAUAAUUAAAAAAUCUGAGUUUUAUUUUACAAAAUAUAUUUAUUUUUUUAUAAAAAGCACCUGUGUCUUGAAAGGGUUAUUUUUAUUUAUUUAACCCUUCAACUUAUAAUAUAAUUUUACAAAUGGAUAAAUACAUUACAUAUUUAUAAUUAGUGUUUAACGUUUUUCUUGUUUGUAAUAAAUAUGCAAUCAAAUAAAGGAAUGCUGACAA